UGUGCAGGAGCACCUCGGGGGAAGGCGGCCCGCACACUGAUGUGCUGUUUCUCUCCCUUGGUGCUGUGGGGAUUCUCUGCAGUUUGCCAGGCUCUGGUUGUCUCCAGGGAGGUGAGCGGCCGGGAGGGCGAGACGCUUUCCCUGCGCUGUUGGUACGCGAGGGGCUACGAGGGCUACAACAAGUACUGGUGCCGCGGGGCCGCGCGGGGCUCCUGCCACAAAGUGGUGGAGACUGCGGGGCGAGAAGUGCCGCGCCAGGACGGCCGCGUCUCCAUCACGGACAACCACGUCUUCUGCGUGGUGCUGCUCACCGUGGAGGAGCUCUGCAUGGAGGACGCUGGGAGCUACUGGUGCGGGGUGGAGCGGGCAGGCAGGGACAUCAUGGAGCCGGUCACCGUGAGGGUGAGACCAGCUCCCAGCCCUGAGCCCUGGCUCUCCAACACCACAACGGAGUUCCCCCACACUACGAACAUCUCUGCUGCAGGUGCGGGGCUGCAGAAGGAAAACACCAGCCUUCAGAAGGGUCAGGAACAGCCCCCCUCCUCUCCUCCCAACCUCUCCAGGCCAGCCCUGCAGGUCCUGCUGCCCACAGUGUUGCUGCUGCUCCUCCUGGCUGUGGCUGGCUCUGCUGGGCUCAUCCACGCCCUGCGGAGGAGGAGAAGUAAGGAAGUCCUACAGAAACCCCUGGGGUUGGUGGGAAGCUCCCAGCUGCGCUCACCGGCAGUGCAGGCACAGCAGCACCAUCAGGCUGCUGGGGACACCCCACCGCCUCGCACCAAAGGCCUCGCAGCCCCCAAACAGCCGGGAGAUACCGCAGAGCUGAACAGCAUCUACGACAAUGAGCUGCACCUCAGGAAGGGCACCCGCACUGACAGCAGUGACACAGAGGAGCAGCGCAGUGAGCUGGGGGACGACGGAGUCUACGUCAACAGCUGAUGCUCGAGAGGAUUCCCUGCAGUCCUUAUGGGACGUCGCUUGUGGGCGUCGCUUCAGGCUUUGCUCUGAGCGGGGCAGGGAGCAGCAGCCCCCUCCCCGUGUCCUCGCUGCAGUCUCAGCAGUGUGACGGCCUCUGCCAUGGGGCUCUGGCCCUGCUCCAGCCCAGCUUCCCUCCUCUGCUUUGCUGCUGUGGAUUGAGCGGUGCCCCCAGGAUGGGAGGAACCCAGAUCCCCAUUCCUUUGUAUGCUGAUGCACGGGGCAUCCUCCUGGCUUGGCAGCACGUGGGUUGCUUUAGAUGUAUGUAAACAGCAAUAAAAAAACACCCUACAGGACUCAGUGCAGAGAGAUGAAGAUCCUGAAGUGAAACAAGGGC